AGGGGAUAGAGAUAGGAAGGAGGUGGAGUGUCAAUUCGAGCACAAGGGUUUGUGGGGAAUGGCGGUCUGCUAAAAAUUUGACAAAUUUUCUCUUGUUUUUUGUAUUUCCCUCUUUCCCAUGAUUAAUACAGACUUGGGUCGUGGCUAUUUUCAUUGGGUAUUUUUCCUCCAAUCUCACAGUUCAUGAAAGGGAUUGUCUUUGAGCUGCGCUUGAAGGAGGUCUUGAGUUUCUGAUCUUUUACUCAGUGAGGUGGUGAAAGAAGUGUUUUGUUGUAGAGUGCUUGGAUGACCCAGUUAAAGUAUCUUUUAAAUGAGGAUCAUGAAAGUCAUGCAGAACAGCGAGGUCAUGUAUCAUGCACCAAUGUGGAGGAUGUUGAAAGGCUUGAUGAGAAGGAGCUCUCAAAUGGAGAUGUCUAUGUUGGUACUUUUAAGGGAAUACUUCCCCAUGGUAAGGGAAAAUAUACAUGGUCUGAUGGAACAGUCUAUGAUGGUGAUUGGGAAGAAGGAAAAAUGACAGGAAAAGGACAGAUAUUCUGGCCAUCAGAAGCAAAAUAUGAGGGUGAUUUCUCUGGAGGUUACCUGCAUGGUUCUGGUACACUUGUUGACCCUGAUGGAUCAAUUUAUAGAGGUACAUGGAGAAUGAAUAUACGGCAUGGACUUGGAAAAAGGGAGUAUUGUAAUUCAGAUAUUUAUGAAGGAUCAUGGAGGGAGGGAGUACAUGAAGGCAGUGGUAAAUAUUCUUGGAAUAAUGGAAAUACAUAUAUUGGGAAUUGGAAACAUGGAAAAAUGCAUGGCAGAGGUGUUAUGAAAUGGGCAAAUGGUGAUGUUUUUUAUGGCUUUUGGUUUAAUGGCCUAAGACAUGGCUUUGGAAUAUACAGGUUCGCAGAUGGAGGAUAUUACUUUGGAACAUGGACCAGGGGCCUAAAGGAUGGAAAAGGAACAUUCUACCUAGCCGGAAGUAAACAUCCAUUUGUAAAGAAGUGGCAUGCAGCUUUGGGUUAUGACGAUAGUGGAAAAGGUUUGUUAGCUCAGAGUUCAUCUCUAAAUGCAGUGGACUUCGAGGUUAAGAAACCAAUUGUCAAGUGCAGCAUUUCUGAGAAGAUAUCAGGUGGUGGAAGUUUAAGUACAGGUCGAAUGUCACACAGGACUACUUUGUUAGAUGCUAAUUCAAACCUUUCUGAUGCUGCUAUAGAAAUUAUACAUCAUGACUCCUCAUUCACAAUGUCCCAUGGAUCUGAUGAUGAUCAAAGCGAGGUGCAAGAUAACAAUGCUAUUGUUUAUGAAAGGGAAUACAAGCAAGGAGUUUGUAUUAAAGACAUAAUGAGGAAUUAUGCAGAACUAUCACACAACACAAAACAGCCGAAUAAAUUUCAUUCAAAAGGAGCAAAAAAGAGUUUGUGUGCAAGCAUUUUCAGAGGCAAUGAUAGCUAUUACUUAAUGCUGAACUUGCAACUUGGUAUCAGGUAUACUGUUGGUAAGAUAAACCCGCAGCCUAACCAUGAUGUUCGAGCUUCUGAUUUUGGAGACCGAGCUAGAAUAACUAUGUUUUUCCCCAGAAGGGGUUCACAGUUCACACCUCCGCACAAAUCUGUUGAUUUUUAUUGGAAGGAUUAUUGCCCUACGGUUUUCAGGUAUUAUUGUUCUCUUGACAUCAUAUUUAUUUAACUCAUGGACAUCAUGCAUCUGAUUAUUACUGAUGAAGAUUUAACUGCCAAAAGAUAUGAUUUUAAGAUGCUUUCCAUCUGGAAGAGAGUGGGAAGAGUGUUGCUAUAGUUAUGGUGCAUUUACUAUUUGAGUUGAUUCAGUUCAUAUUUAUAGAGGGCAUUUUCAGUAUGUGAUAAAAUCACUGUUUACCACCUUAGUAGAAACAGCUAUAGCCCUGAUCAUGUUGAGGACAUUUUAGAGAGGAUUUUGUUGAAAAAGAACAAAGAAUUCUCUACUUGUAGUGUUUUCUACAUAUUUCUUAUUAGUUUGUGACCUGUGUAGCAUUCUUCUCACAAUUUCAGUAUUUUCAAAGAUGUAAUUUUGAUUGUUGGCAAUUUUGCACAUAUCUAAUGGACUGGGCUAAGGGAUUUGAGAGAGCUGUUCAAGUUAGAUGCAGCAGAGUAUAUGAUGUCCAUUUGUGGUGAUGAUGGUCUGAGGGAGCUUUUGUCCCCUGGGAAAAGUGGCAGCAUCUUCUAUCUCUCCCAUGAUGAUAAAUUUAUCAUUAAGACAUUGAAAAAGGCUGAACUAAAGGCUCUACUCAAGAUGCUGCCUAAAUACCACGGUCAUGUAAAACAGUAUGAGAAUACUCUCAUAACAAAAAUUUUUCGGCUCCACCAGAUAACAUUAAAAUGCAGAAGAAAGGUACGCUUCAUGGUUAUGGGGAUUAUGUUUUGCACUGAAUUGCGUAUUCAUAGGCAUUAUGAUUUGAAGGGAUCAAUUCGAGGAAGAUUUACACCUGAAGAGAAGAUUCGAGAGAAUGUCACAUUAAAAGACCUCAAUCUGUCAUAUGAAUUUCAUAUGGACAAAUUGUUGCGGGAAUACCUUUUUAAGUGAGUUUCUCAUUUGGAGGUUGUGUAAUACUUUGUGCAGUUGGUGCUUAAAGUUAGCUUCUUACUGAUACGUUAUUAGAGAAGGCCAACAACAGAAUAUUAAGGGCGUGCUGUUGGCUCCGUCUUUAAGCUGGUUGACUAUUGCCAUGGCAGUAAUUACUAACUUUGAAAGUAAGCAUAAGCUCAGCAUUUUUUAUGUUGUAGAUGUUGCUAAUUUUUAGUUUCCAAUCUCCCUUUUUCUAUCCCUUUUAUCCCAUGUUUAUCCCCUUUAAAUUAAAUUAUAGACUGCAUGUAAUGAAAGCAUGAGAAAUUGUAUUUUACAUGGUGUGAGUGAUUGACCGUAUAUCUGAACCUGUCCCAUUUGUAACAAUCAUUGUUCUUGUUUCUAUUGCAUUUUGCAGUCAACUUCCUCUCGACAGCCAUUUCUUAGAAGCUCAAGGGAUAAUUGAUUAUAGCCUUCUUUUGGGUGUACAUUUCAUUGCUCCUCCCCAACUAAAUGGUCUCGUAGAACCUGCAAAUGCAAUACCCAAUCAAGAGAACACGCCUGAUGUGUGUGGUAGGUAUCACCUAUGGAUCCAACUGUUUCAUAGCAUAAACUGGAGAUGUUUGG